AUGGGCAGCCAGGAGGUUCUGGGCCAGGCAGCCCGGCUGGCCUCCUCCGGUCUCCUUAUGCAGGUGCUGUUUCGAUUGAUCACGUUUGUCUUGAAUGCAUUUAUUCUUCGCUUCCUGUCCAAGGAGAUUGUUGGCAUAGUGAAUGUAAGGCUAACCCUGCUUUACUCCACCACCAUCUUCCUGGCCAGAGAGGCCUUUCGCAGAGCGUGUCUGAGUGGGGGCACCCAGCGAGACUGGAGCCAGACCCUCAACCUCCUGUGGCUCACAGUCCCUCUGGGUGUGUUUUGGUCCUUUCUCCUGGGCUGGGUCUGGUUACAGUUGCUUGAAGUGCCUGAUCCGGAUGUCAUCCCCCACUACGGAGCUGGAGUGGUGCUGUUUGGUCUCUCAGCCGUGGUGGAACUUCUGGGCGAGCCCUUGUGGGUCUUGGCACAGUCGCAUAUGUUUAUUAAGCUCAAGGUGAUUGCCGAGAGCCUGUCCGUAAUCCUCAAGAGUGUCCUGACAGCCUUUCUCGUGCUCUAUUGGCCUCACUGCGGACUGUACAUUUUCUCUGUGGCCCAGCUUUUCUAUACCACAGUUCUGGUGCUCUGCUAUGUCAUUUACUUCACAAAAUUACUGGGUUCCCCAGAAUACAGCAAGCGGCAAACUCUGCCUAUCUCCAGAAUGACGGAUCUAUUACCCACUAUUACAGGAAGUGCGGCGUUCGUAAAUAGGAAAGAGGCCAAAUUGACUUGGAGUUUUUUCAAACAAUCUUUCUUGAAGCAGAUUUUGACCGAAGGAGAGCGAUAUGUGAUGACGUUUUUGAAUGUGUUAAAUUUCGGGGAUCAGGGUGUAUAUGAUAUAGUGAAUAAUCUUGGUUCCCUUGUGGCCAGACUGAUAUUCCAGCCAAUAGAGGAGAGUUUCUACAUAUUCUUUGCUAAGGUGCUGGAGAGGGAGAAGGGCGCCACACAUCAGAAGCAGGAGGACGUUGCUGUGGCCGCCAUGGUUUUGGAGUCCCUGCUCAAGCUGGCCCUGCUGGCCGGCCUGACCAUCACCGUGUUUGGCUUUGCCUAUUCCCAGCUGGCUUUGGAUAUCUACGGAGGCGCCAUGCUUAGCUCAGGAUCAGGUCCUCUUUUGCUGCGUUCCUACUGUCUCUACGUCCUUCUGCUUGCCAUCAACGGAGUGACCGAGUGUUUCACGUUUGCUGCCAUGAGCAAAGAAGAGGUCGACAGGUAUAAUUUCACAAUGCUGGCCCUAUCCUCGUCUUUCCUGGUGGUCUCCUAUCUCCUGACCCGCUGGUUUGGCAGUGUGGGCUUCAUCCUGGCCAACUGCUUUAACAUGGGCAUUCGGAUCACACAGAGCCUCUGCUUCAUCCACCGCUACUACCAAGAAAGCCCCCACAGGCCCCUGGCUGGCCUGUACCCAUCGCCCCUCCUCCUCGGUGCCUUUGCCCUCAGUGGUGGGAUCACUGGUGUUUCAGAGGUGUUCUUCUGCUGUGAACAUGGCUGGCCCGCCAGGCUGGCACAUGUCACUGUGGGCGCCGUCUGUCUGGGAGUGACGCUUGGGAUAGCCUUCUUCACGGAGACCAAACUGAUCCACUUUCUCAGGACUCAGUUCGGUGUAUCCAGGCCCACCAACAAAGCAGUGUGA